AUUUGAUUGGCCGUUGCUGAGCCGGAUGUCUUCGGUCCUACGUUAUUAGUCCUCCGGGUGUUAUUCAUCAUGGCUGUGCCAGCAGGAAGGUCUGUGGUGUUCGUGACUGGAAACGCAAAGAAACUGGAAGAGGUCAUUCAGAUCCUGGGAAACCAGUUCCCCUACAAACUAGUGUCAAAAAAGAUUGACUUACCUGAAUACCAAGGAGAGCCAGAUGAGAUUUCCAUACAGAAGUGUAAGGAGGCUGCAAAAGAGAUUGAUGGGCCAGUCAUAGUGGAGGACACGUGUCUGUGUUUCAAUGCUUUGGGAGGCCUGCCUGGUCCAUACAUAAAAUGGUUCCUGGAUAAACUCAAGCCUGAAGGCCUGUACAAACUCCUAGCCGGGUUUGAAGAUAAGUCAGCGUGGGCUCUUUGCACCUUUGCUUUCUCUGCUGGGAGGGAUGAACCAGUACAGCUCUUCAGAGGGAGAACAGAGGGUAAAAUUGUGGAACCCAGGGGACCUCGAGACUUUGGAUGGGACCCCUGUUUCCAGCCUGACGGAUAUGACAAAACAUAUGCUGAACUGCCCAAAGACGUGAAGAACUCUAUCUCUCACCGCUACCGGGCACUGGCUGCCAUGUCUGAGCACUUCUCUCAAACCAACGGUACCCCACCACAGAUCAAGAAGAAAAAGGAGGAGGAUUAAAGAGUCAUUUUAGGUGAACGUCAGGUUCUGGAUCUGGAGAAUCUCAUAACUGAGUCAUCUGUUUUUGUUGGGUCAGAAAACCAUGAUAUAGUAACAGAUUUGUGAUCACAGUGUCUACUUGUUGAAUCUGCAGUGAAAAAGAUGUGACAUACUAUUGUUUUUCCUGUUUUUUUCAAUAAAUAUUUUGUUCAUUUUUAAAAACAA